AUGGCGGCGCCUGCGAACAAUUUGAACCUUUCCAUCGUGGCGAAUCCUAGAGAGGGAAACCAGGUUGACAAGAACAAGGAAGGGAUAAUGAACAACACCGCAUUGGCAAGACUAUUUCCCGGAAUGAAUAGGGAGAGAGAGAUGUCUGCUAUGGUCUCAGCUUUGACCCACGUUGUCACCGGAGAAGCUCCAACAACCACUGAUUCUUCGUUUCUUCUUCAUCGUCAUGAUGCUUCUGUUACACCAACCAUGCCUUCUUCUGCUUCCACAACGCCUUCUUUACCUUCUUCAUCUACUUAUGUUCUUGGCACCUCUUCUCAUAAGAGAACUAGGGAACAUGACACGCCAUCAUCCUUCUCACAUGCCUCUUCUGUACCCAGACGUGGAGAAAGUUCAAACAAUAUGACAAGCAGAAUAACAAGGGAAAUGGGAAAUGCUGUGUAUGAAUACAAAACAACAGAGAAUGUGAGGAGGGAUGAGGGGAGGAGGAAAUACAGAGGAGUGAGGCAGAGGCCGUGGGGGAAAUGGGCGGCGGAGAUAAGAGAUCCGUUCAAGGCGACGAGGGUGUGGUUAGGGACGUUUGACACGGCGGAGGCAGCUGCUAGAGCCUACGAUGAGGCUGCCCUUCGAUUUAGAGGAAACAAGGCGAAGCUGAACUUCCCUGAGAAUGUGACUCUCCGGCAACCUCAGUUUGGUGUUUCCAGUUCUCCGACUUCUCUUGUGUCCAUUUCAACGUCCACUGAUCCAGUUGUGCACACACGACCUUUUCUCCCUUCUCAAGCUGCGAGCAACGUUUACGAGUAUUUUCAGCUCUCGGGCUUCCCUACCACCAACCUUUAUGAUGAUAGGAUGUUUGUGACGUCUUCCAUGCCUUCUCAUCUUCACUCUUCUUCCUCUUCUACUUCUUCUUCUUCGCAGGACACUUCACUCUCUUCCUUAUAUUCAAGCCAGAUACCGCCUUGGUCAGCUUCUGCUCCAAGCUCUUCGUCCUCCGGAUGA